UUCCAACUGAAAAAUUUUUUUGAGAUCCUUCUUAACUAUGGAAAUCAACCUAACCCCACCGGAAGAUCCAUCGUUUUACCCCUAAUAAACCAUGGCUCCACCUCAUAAACACCACCAUAACUUCCGUCCGGAAAAUGUGUUAAAACGUGCCGAAGAUUUAAUUGCUGUAGGCCAAAGAGAAGCUGCUUUAGACACCUUGUAUGAAUUAAUUACUUCAAAGAGAAUUCGUUAUUUACAAGUUGAAGAUUUAGAACCUAUUGGAUUAUUACUUAUUGAAUUAGCUGUUGAUUUAAGAAAGGGUAAAUUAGCCAAGGAUGCCUUACAUCAAUAUAAGAAAAAUGUUCAAUUAUCUGAAAAUGGUUUAGAAUCUGUUCAAGUAAUUGUACGUAAAUUUAUUGAAUUAGCUGAAAAGAAAUUAGAUGAAGCUCAAGCUAAAGCCGAUAUUAAGAUUGAUCAAGAAGAAGAUGAUGAUUUAGAUACUGCUCAAAGUCCAGAAAGUAUUUUAUUAUCAGCUGUAUCUAAUACUGAUGCAGCUGAUAGAACUGAAAGAGAAUUAGUUACUCCAUGGUUAAGAUUCUUAUGGGAAGCAUUUAGAGCUGUAUUAGAUAUUUUAAGAAAUAAUUCUAAAUUAGAAGUUACUUAUGCUGUUAUUGCUAAUCAAGCCUUUAAAUUUUGUUUAAAUUUCGGUAGAAAGGCUGAAUUUAGAAGAUUAUGUGAAUUAUUAAGAGCUCAUAUUCAAUCUGUUACUACACAAACUAAAUCUUCAACUAAUAAUGCUAUUGAUUUAUCUGAUACUGAAACCAUUCAACGUUAUUUAGAACAAAGAUUCUCUCAAUUGAAUAUCUCAGUUAAAUUAGAAUUAUGGCAAGAAUCUUUCCGUUCAGUUGAUGAUGUUCAUACAUUAAUUACCGCAUCUAAAAAGGCUCCAAAAGCUACAAUGAUGGCUAAUUAUUAUGAAAAUUUAGCUAGAAUCUUUGCUGUUUCCGAUAAUGCUUUAUUUCAUGCUGCUGCUUGGAAUAAAUUCUUUAAUUUAUAUUCUCAAUCUCCUAAUGCAACUGAUGAAGAAUUAAAACAUUAUGCUUCAAUUCUUGUAUUAUCUACAUUAGCUAUUCCUCAAAAGGCUUUAAAUACUAAUGAAACUGUGGUUGAUGAACAUAGAAUUAAAAAUUCUAAAUUAACUUCAUUAUUAAAUUUAAAUCAAGUACCAAAUAAAGAAGGAUUAAUUAGAGCCAUUGUUAAUAAAUCAAUUUUAUCAUAUGUUGAUGAACCAAUUAAACAAUUAUUUAAACUUUUAGAAGGAGGAGAUUUCCAUCCAUUAGCCAUUAAAGAUAAAAUUACUCAAGUAUUUAAAUUUAUUGAAUCUGAUAAAGAUUAUAAACAUUAUACUUCAACAUUAACUGAAGUUAUUUUAAUUAGAGUUUAUCAACAAGUUUCUCAAGUUUAUGAAACUGUUAAAUUAGAUUUUUUAAUUUCUUUAGGAGUUUUUGAAGGUCUUGAAACUGGUUUAAGUCCAUUAGAAGUUGAAGAUUUAAUUGUUAAUGCUGCUAAAGAUGGUCAUUUAAAUUUAACUAUUGAUCAUGAAGCUGAUGUUGUAUCAUUUAAAUCUAAUCCAUUUGAAGAAUCUUUUGAUGAUUAUACUAUUGAUAGAUUACAAGUUUCACCAGCUGAAUUUGUUAGAACUCAAAUUUCAAGAUUAGCUGCAACUUUAUCAUCAUCAGUUAGAAUUAUUGAUCCAAAUUAUGAGGCCAAUGUUGAAAAGAGAAAACAUCUUGCCUUACAAAGAGCUGUUAGUGAUUUAGUUAGAGAACAACAAGAAUUAGCUUCUAGAUCAGAAGUUAUUGAAGAAAGAAAGAGAAUUAUUGAACAAAUUAAACGUGAAGAAGAAGAAAAAGCCGCCAAAUUAAGACAUGAAAAACUUAUUGCUGAUCAACUUGCUGAACAAGAAAGAAUUGCUCAAGAACAAGAAAGAAGACAACAAGAAAAACUUGAAAAGGAAAAGAUUUUAAUCUUACAAAGAGAAAAGAGAAAGAUUGCUGAAGAAAUUAAUGCUAAGGGAAUUAUUAAAGUUGAUUUAGAUAAUUUAGAUGAUCUUGAUACUAAUAAAUUACAACUUAUGCAAAUUGAACAAUUAAAUAAAGAUAAGAAAGAAUUAGAAGAUAAAUUAAAGGGAGUAUCUAAAAAGAAUGAUCAUCUUGAAAGAGCAUUUAGAAGAUAUGAAUUACAAUAUUUAGAAAAGGAUGCUGAAAAGCAAGCUGAAGAAGAACUUAAAAUUUAUGAAAUUGCUAAAGAAGCUAAGAUUGCUCGUGCCAAGAAAGAAUAUGAAGAAAGUAUUGCCUUACAUGAAAGACUUGAACGUAUUGUUCCUGAUUAUAAUAUUAUUAGAUCAGAAAUUGAUGCUAAGAAUGCUAUUAAAUUAACUAAAUUAAGAAAGGAAGCUGCUAAUGCUUUAGAACAAGCUAAGAAAGAAAGAAUCGAAAGAAUUAAAGCUCAAAGAAUUGAAGAAUUAAAAGUCAGAAAGGAAAGAGAAAGAAAGGCUGCUGAAGAAGAAAAUAAGAGAUUAGCUAGAGAAGCAGAAAUGGUUAAGUUUAAGGAAGAACUCCAAAGACAAAGAGAAAGAGAACAAGAAAUUGAACAAAAGAGACAAGCUGCGGCUGAAGCUGCUGCUGCCGAAGCCGCUGCCGCUGCUGUUCCUGCCAAACCAUUAACCUUUGCUGAAAAGAUGAAGUUAAAGAGAGAAGGCAGAAGAUAAGUGUAUAGUAUCUAAUAUAUGGCGACAUUGUCGUAUUGACUUUA